UAUGACCUCCAGCCGCCCUGAGCCGGGCUCCCGGGCUCCCCUGAGUCCCUGCCUGCAGCCCCUGUCCCGAAGCUCUUCCAGCCUGCUGGGUGAAGGCCGGGGGCAGAGGCCCGCUCUCCGCAAGAGUGCCAGCAGCACCGUGUGCCAGGCCCAGCUGGGCGAGGCCAGCGCCACUCCCCAGGCCCCGGAGGAAGAGGGAUGCCAGGCAGGAAGCACGGAGCAAGCGUGGACCUCCAGCAUCCCCCCGCUGCCAGGUGCCGUGGGCCACUGGAGAAGUAGCACCGUGGGCAAUGUGUCCGCCGUGGGCGCUGGUGACUUGUGUGGCCUGCGGGCCCCCAGCACUGCCGCAGUGCAGAGGAGUCACUCGGACCUGGUCCGCAGCAUCCAGACUCGGGAGCACAGCGGAGCUCAGAAGGCCAGCCUCAGCUGCUCGGCCCUGGGCGGCUCACCCCUCCGCAGGGCUCAGCUGCGGCCUGUCAGUCUUGGCCAGGGUGGCCGGGAAGGGGAUCUGGCUCCUGACGAUGGGACUUCUAACUCAGCCUGGGAGCUGGAGGAGAGUCGGGGGUGGGAGCCACCUCCAGACCUGGGAGGCACAGCUACCCACAGCGGCAGUCCCCAGCCUGGGCCCAGAGCUGCAGGGCAGCCAGCUGCCAGCUCCUGCCACGCUAUGCCACCAGGCGCUCUGCUCUGUGGCAUGAGGGAGGCAGCGAGGGAGGCAGGCUGUCACCCUCUGCCUGCUGCAGGGGCCCUGGCCUUUCCCAAACUAGUGGCGUCGCUGAGUGAAUCCGGGCUGCAGACCCAGCAUGGGGUGAAGUGUCACUGCAGGUGGCCAGGGGGACUCCACUGCUGUGCCCACCCUCGGGGUCCCUCUGGUCUAGCCACAGAGCCUGGCUCCAGGACCAGGGAUGUGUGGACCAUGACUUCCACCAGUGACUUGGCCCCCAUGUGGGUGUCCUCUCCAUCAGCCCAGGAUGCUGGCGUGCAGGUGGCCCCCAUGGCAGCCUGUAAGUCUGUGGCCACCAGCCCGUCCCUGGAAGCCCCUGUGGCUCUGCACGUUUUCCCGGAGAUAACUCUGGAGUCUGGCCUGGAGGAGGUGUCAUCCCCAGUGCGGGACGUGCGCUGGGAUGCCGAGGGCAUGACGUGGGAGGUGUAUGGAGCUGCGGUGGACCCAGAGGUGUUGGGUGUGGCCAUCCAGAAGCACCUGGAGAUGCAGUUUGAGCAGCUGCAGCGGGGACCUGCCAGUGACGACAGCCUGUCUGCCGAAGGCCGGAGGGGGCCGCUGCGUGCGGUCAUGCAGUCCCUGCGGUGCCCCAGCUGCUGUGGUGCAGCCCCUGAGUGAGAACUGUGGCCCUCGGAUUGGCCUAGGCCCACGGACUCAGUCCUAUGCCAGGGCCAGUGGGGGCCCCAGGUCCCCUGGGCCUGCCGGGAGCUGGGCAGGUCUCACCUGAAUGUCAGCUUCCUGCAGGCCUGCAGCCUGGGCUUGCCCUGCAGCCUGGGCUCGCCCCGCCACCUGGCUGCGUUGAGAGGGCUCAAUUCCCAAGAACGUCUGGGGUCUGGAGUCUGGGUCAAGACCCAGCACUGUGCACAGGGAGCCUGUGCACUGUAGAAAUACUUGACAGGGGACGCUGCCGUUCAUCCAGGACUCUUGGCUGCUGUAGCUGAAGGCCGCACCAAUGAACAAUGUAUUGACGCAAAGUACGGGUCCCAGCGUGGAAGGGGUUGCUGUGGCCACAGGCUCUCUGCGUGGACCUGCUCACCAUCCUGUCUUUGCUCGAGUGAGACGGAACUACUGACGCCCGGCAGGCGACAGCCACUGCACCGUGAAUUGGACAGCGCGAAGCGGGCUCAGAUUCCAAGCCCGGCUGGUUGGGCUGGAGCCGUGUGCGGCACACGUGGGUGGGUUCUGUGCGACCUUGAGCAAGGACGUACUGAGCCACGUUCUGUGCCAGGCUGGGCAGGUGUUGCGGAGAGCAGGACAGAGGCUGCCCCUGGCUUGGCAGAGCUCAUGGGGGGCUCUGAGUCUGACAGAUGGGCUGCCAGGUUUUGGGGGUGCCAACAACUCAUCACUGUGUCUGGGGCUGGCCUCAGGAAGGGGAGGGCAGGGGGCCACCUGCCACAAAUGUGCCAGUGCCUGAAAUGAACCAUUGUCACCUUGUUCCUCUGGUGGAGGGUUUAUUUCCAGAUAGGAUUCUUCAAAAGACGGUGCAGGCAUGGGUGGGGAUGGACGGGGACUAGACCGGGGAGGCUGGCUGUGUGUCCUGGGCGGGGGCUCCCGCCUGCUGGGGAAGGGCCGAAGCUGAGCGGCUGCAGGGUUUGGAAGGUGUGUGGGCCGUUUGCCCAGUCCUGCCCUCGUGCUCUGGCUGGGGGAGGGGACCCAGGGGCUUGGCACAGUCUGCCGUCCUUGGCCAGCGACGUCUUCAGGCUGCGGGGAUGGGUGUGAGCUUGUGUCCUUACCUUGGAACAGAACUCCCUGGCUGCCCUCUGAGGGUACCCGAGGGUUAGGGUGUAGCCAUGGCCGGCCUGCCCCUGGGGCCCCUUCUGCACCCGGGGACCCAGCCCUGGGCCUGGCCCUUGCAGAGCUGGACACCACUGGUGCAGCGAUGGGAACCUAUUCAAGCAGGAGCCACCAUGGACCAGGCUGGUGGAGCCAGGCGAGCUGGCGGCUUCAGGCUGUGUCCUGAGCCCCACCACGGGGCACUGUGGCCUAACGCCCCUGUUGCAAGUGCACCUCUUUGCGGUCCUGGGCCUGUCGGUCCCUCUGUGGUGUGGGGACCUGACACUCUGGGAAGCGCCUGGUGUCAUGCCACCUUCCAGCCUGGCCCUGCCCCAGCUGAGGAGCCCCAGCCCGGGGCAGGUGGGAGAGCGUGAACACGGGCAGGCAGGUGGCGGGAGGAGCCCUGGGUGGAUGGAUCAGCCUGCUCAGGAUCGGGGUGCCUGCCGGGACUUUGGUGAGUCCCUGUGGGGCAGUUGUUGGGGUGUUGGUCAAAUUGGGAGGCUGGCAGGUCCUGGUGUGACUGAGGAAGGGGACUUCGUGAGCUGUAGAGGGUGGGGUACCACAUUCCAAUUGAAGAAUAGACUGUCUCUGGGCUGCCAGUGGGGAGAACCGGGCAUGGGAGAGGUGAAGAGAUAGGCAGGAGCCCAGGGGGACGUGGCGGGGGACCCGAGGAGAGGCCUGUCCAGGAGUGGUGGGGUGGACAGCUCGGGGGCCACACAGACACGUGCGCGCACACACACACACAUGCACACGCACACAUGUGCACAGAGGUCUCUGGUUGGGCAAGAUGGGUGAGGCCAUACAUGGGACCAGGGGAGGCAGGUGGGCAGGUUUGACUGGGCAGGGGCAGGGCCAGGGCCACAUACACGGGGUAAGACCAGUGAGACACACUUUCUCUGUCACGUACAGGUUCUGCCUGGCCGCUCUGCCGCCUCCACGCGGUACCUGGGCCAGUGGCAGAACUGCACGCCCAGCUCCUCGGGCCGAGAGAUGUGUGCAGGUGGUUCCGACCCACUGGCCGUGCCCCGGCUGGGUACUAGAGCACGCUCCUGGUUAAACCCUUGCCUUGCUCUUACCAGCCCGGGCUGCACAGUCUGCCCACAGGUCUGUGGAGGGACCAUGGCUUAACUUGAGAUAAUGGCCAGGAGA